AUGGGUAGGCUGAGACAGAACCUGUUGUUUGUCUGGGAUCGAUAUGAAUGCACUGAUUCUGGGUUCAAGUCGCUGGAGAAUAAAAGGAAGCCUCUGUUUUUCAAAGAACUGGGAAAUUUGUGGAAGCAUUUUGAUGGGAAGUAUUCUGAAUCAGACACUGUUUAUUGA